GCAACACCUCCCCCGGCGCCAGAGGAACGAACCCCCCACGCCUGUUCUGUCUGUACACUGUCGCGCACACGACAAACGCCAAUACCAGCCUCUUUCAACCACACACACACACACCCAUUCACAUCUACACAUCCACAAUGGCUCCCUCCUCAGGUCGCAAAGGCGCCAAGGCGGCCACCGCUGCUGCUGACGAGAUCCCCGCGAGCAAUAUUGUCGGCAUCAACAAGGAGACGGUGACAAACACCGUGUCGACCGACUACCCGGGCCACUACGUGGACGAGGACCACGCGUGGGACAAGGAGCACUUCCGGUCCAACUUCCGCGUCCAGUUCCACGCCAACGACCAGCACGAGGCGCAGUUCUCGCUCGUCGGCGUCGACGCCUCCAUCGCCAACGCCUUCCGCCGCAUCCUCAUCGCCGAGAUCCCCACCCUCGCCAUCGACAUCGUCUUCAUGCACAACAACACCUCGGUCAUCCAGGACGAGGUCCUCGCCCACCGCCUCGGCCUGAUCCCCUUUACGGGCUCCAAGCGAGGGAUCCGCGACUGGAUGCGCUUCUUCAAGCCCCCCGCCGAAGGGCAGGACACGUACGACACGACCUUUGACAACAACACCGUCUCGCUCAAGCUCGCCGUCAAGUGCGAGCACAACAAGGACGCCCCCGCCGACAGCAGCGACCCCAAGGAGCUCUACCACAACGCGCACGUGUACGCGCGGGACAUUGAGUUCCAGCCCCUGGGCGGGCAGGAGCAGUACUUUUCCGGCCCCGAGGGCGCCAUCCGGCCCGUCAACCCGGACAUACUCGUCGCCAAGCUCCGCCCGGGCCAGGAGGUCGACAUUGAGAUGCACAUGCACAAAGGCUACGGGUGGGACCACGCCAAGUGGUCCCCCGUCUCGACCGCCAGCUACCGGCUCAUGCCCAUCAUCAACAUCACCAGGCCCGUGCUCGGCGACGACGCGCGCAAGUUCCAGUCGUGUUUUCCCGAGGGCGUCAUCGCGCUGGAAAAGGUCACCAGGCAGGAGGCCAAGACCGCGGGGAGCGGGUACGAGGGCCACGAGGGCGAGGUCAAGGCCGUCGUCGCCGACCCCAUGCGCGACACCGUCUCCCGCGAGGUCCUCCGCCACCCAGAGUUCGAGGGCAAAGUCAAGCUCGGCCGCAGGAAGAACCACUUCAUCUUCUCCAUCGAGAGCACCGGCCAGUGGGACAGCGACGAGCUCUUUGUCGAGGCCGUCAAGACGCUCAAGCGGAAAUGCCAGCGGCUCAGGCCGGCGGUUCUGCAGAUGGUGCAGGCCUGAGGGGAGGUGUGUGGAAUUUUUUGCGGGUGCAAGCAGGUGAUGAGCAAAAGAGAGAGAUAGAAGCGCGGGGGGAAAGGACACGGUCGGGCUUUGCAGAUCUGGCGUUUUGUAUUUCCUCAUAGCAGUACAUCAAAAGGCGUUGAAUUAGAUACACUCGUCAAAACAUAUUUCAGUCU